ACACCGUUUAAGCUCAAACACUUCUACUUACAGCUUGGUUUUCACUCUUUCCAAGACUCUCUCUUCUUCUACUCAUUCUGGAAAAUCUCAAUUCUUUAAGAAUACUACUCCAUUGUUCUACAUUAUUUUAUUUCACUUUAUUCGACUUUAUUAUAUUUUAUUUUCUGAUCUUCAGAAUUAAUAAUAAUUAUAAUAAGAAGGAACUGAGAUCACAAUUCACUUUCAUCAAAGUCCAGGCACAUUUCUGUUUCUGGGUUUCUUUCCUAAUUCAAUUUCAAUCCUUUUCCCGCUCAAAAAAUGGUAUUUUAUCAAAUCAAAUUACCAAAAUUUCAUUAAUUUUUGAUAAUUUUUAAUACCCAUUUGUUCAAUUUCACUUCUUUUUAUUAUGUUUGAAUUUUUCCAAUAAUUUAUCGAUUAUAUGCUGAUAUGCAUGCUGCCCAUGAAGUCAGAGAAAUGAACACUAAACCUCGCACGUCUCAACAGAUUCGUAAAUAUCCUCUUAAUCGUCAUAAUGAGAAUAAGGUGGAAAUGCAGGGAAUAAGAUCAGCAAUUGCAGAGAAAGCUACAAUAAUGAGGGGUAAUCAAAAGAGUAAAGAGAAGAAAUUGGCCUUAUUGCAAGAUGUUGAUAAGUUGAAGAAAAAGCUUAGAGAUGAAGAGAACAUACAUAGAGCUCUCCAAAGAGCCUUUAAUAGACCAUUGGGUGCUCUUCCUCGUCUUCCUCCUUAUCUUCCUGCAAAUACACAGGAGCUUCUUGCAGAAAUUGCUGUGUUGGAAGAGGAGGUGGUUCGACUCGAAGAACAGGUUGUGAGUUAUAGGCAUAAUUUGUAUCAGGAAGCUGUGUUCAUAUGCUCAAAGAGAAAAUUAGAGAAUCCAGUCGAUUAUUACGAGCGAAUUUUGAGUAGGUGUUCAUCUAAGGAAGAUCAUUCUGAUUCAGAAAAAUCUCCAUUGUCAGUUGCUAGAACAGCAUCGAAUUCGUCUGACAUUGUGUCUGAUCGAUCAUCGUUGUCGUUAGGCAGAACCGCCUCGACUUCAUCUGACAUUGUGUCUGAUCAAACUUUGCGAAAUUCUUGUGAUAUGGUUAAUGGAAAAGGUCCUGUAGAUGAACCAAAAUCUACUGCAGAUUCUAUGGAAAGUUGUAAACAGAAAGGAUGCAAUACAAAUAGAAGUAUGGACAUUGUUGGUCAUCAUAUGAGGCGAAAAUCGAGUGAUUUGAUGAAUGGGAAACAGGGUUUUAGUGAUUCUGGUAUCUCUGUGGAGUCUGCUAAUAAAGGGAAACUUUCUAGAGUGAAGACACCGGUUAAGAAAUCUUUCAAACGUCAAACAUCUCAGAAGCCGGUGAAUUCUCUUAGAAAAGAGCCAGUAAACAAGGAAUUAGGGGGAGAUAGUGAACAAAACAUAAUCUCAGAGGAUAUAUUGAAAUGCUUGUGUAGCAUUUUUAUGAGGAUGGGCACAGCAAAUGAUAAGGGGACUUCAUUGGACACAUCUCCUUAUUCUUUGUCGUUCAUUUCACGCCAAAAGAAGAAAGAUUUGGAGUUUCAAGAUCCUUAUGGAACUUCUGCAGAAUUCAAGGAAAGAGAUAUUGGUGCUUACAAAGACUUUUGCACCGUUGAUGCUAUCUCUUUUGAUCUUAAACGGAAAAGAAAUGCCCUUUUCUUGCUUCAUAAACUUAAGCUACUCCUUGGAAAGCUUGCGCGAGUCAGCUUGGACGGUCUUAGCCAUCAGCAUAAGCUUGCAUUUUGGAUAAACACUUACAAUGCUUGCUUGAUGAAUGCUUUUCUGGAGCAUGGAAUACCAGACAGUCCUGAAAAGGUUGUUUUAUUGAUGCGUGAGGCAACUAUAACAGUGGGAGGCCAGAGAAUGAAUGCGAUCACGAUCGAACAUUUUAUAUUAAGACUACCAUUCUAUGUAAAACAGGGCGGUAAAAAAACAGCCAAAGGUGAUGACUUGAAGGCAAGCGAGAUGUUUGGCUUGGAGUGCGUGGAACCAUUGGUCACAUUUGCCUUGUCAUGUGGAAGUUGGUCUUCUCCGGCUGUGAGAGUAUACACGGCAUCACAAAUCAAAAGUGAGUUAGAAGUAGCAAAGAGGCAGUAUCUGCAAGCAUCAGUCGGAGUUUCAAAGAACGACAAGUUUAUUCUACCAAAGCUGUUAGAUUGGUAUCAACUCGACUUUGCAAAAGAUUUGGAGUCGUUAGUUGAGUGGGUUUGUCUUCAAUUACCAGACGAAUCUCAGAAAGAAGCACUUAGCUGCCUUGAGAACAAAGGAAAAGUUCCUGUAUCAGAUUUAGUAAAAGUAAUUCCAUAUGAUUUCAGUUUCAGGUAUAUCAUACAUCCUUAACAUUCUUAUUUUGAUUUUCUUCUACUUCAGCCCUUAAGUGUGGGUCUGUAAUUUAGGAGCACAAAGCUAUACAAAAGUACAUAGAAAGUUUUUUUUUCUUCUUUUUUGAGUUGUUUUUGGUGAGGCAGUGAAGUCAAGUAAUCUGUAUACUUCCACAAAUGGAUCUUAUGUAUUGAUUAUUUAGGUUUUAUGUAAUUAGUCCCUUUUGUUGCAUCUUUUGCCACUUUACACUCUUUAUUCAAAACUAUAAAUCAAUGAAUUUAGACUAUUUUUGCUUGA